AUGCCUGUGGAAACGCUGUCAGUCAGACACUCUCUGUCUAAUGUGGGUAGGUUCCCAUCAGUCACAUUGGGAUGGGGGCAGGAUGUGCCAGAGAAGGAGGAACCAGAGGAGGAGAACACAGAGGAGGGGGCGUGUCGACAAUGGUUACGUAAGAUCUGUCCUUGCUGCUGUCAAAGACUGAGCGAUGAUGAUGACAUCACAGAUACGGUCGUGACCGGGAUCCCGGAUGUCGACAACAAUGCAGGGAUGAAUGCCGACAAGCCAGUCACUGGUGGAAGUGAGCUCGAAGAGCUGUUGUUGACAGUGCGGUCCAUAGACCUGAUGAAAACCAAGACGGGUCUGAACCGCCUGGAGCAUCACACAGACCGUUACUACGGUGAUGACCUCAUCAUCCGCAGGGGGAAUACCUUCAUGAUGUGGCUUGACCUCUCACGACCUUACUACCCCAACACAGACAGACUCCACCUGGAGCUUAAGACAGGAUCCCUGCCUACAGUGGCAAAGGGCACCCAUGUCAUCAUCCCAUUGGUUGAGGAGCUGGAGGAUAACCGUUGGGAGGCCAAGAUCGUGAAAUGGGACGGCAACAGGAUCAAGCUGUCUGUUAACUCCCAGCCCACUGCCAUGAUUGGCCGAUACCAGCUCACUGUGGCAACGCAAAGCCCGAAGGGCAAGGCCACAUCUACACAUGACCCAAGGAAUGACAUCCGCAUGCUGUUUAACCCUUGGUGUGAAGAUGACACAGUGUACAUGGACGAUGAGGAUGAGAAGAAUGAGUAUGUCCUGAAUGACGUCGGCAGGCUUUACUAUGGCACAGAGAACCAGAUUGGUGCAAGAACAUGGAACUAUGGACAGUUUGAUGAGGGGAUCCUGGAUGCCUGUCUGUAUGUUUUGGAGAAGAGUAUAACCCCCCCCUCAGGCUGGGGAGACCCUGUCAAUGUAGUUCGAGUCAUUUCAGCCAUGAUCAACUCCCCAGAUGAUUGUGGGGUCGUGGAGGGUAAUUGGUCAGGGAAGUAUGUGGGAGGGACUUCCCCUACAGCCUGGAGUGGCAGUGUGGACAUCCUGAAGAAGUACCAUAAGGACGGAGGCAUACCAGUCAGAUAUGGCCAGUGUUGGGUCUUCUCUGGGGUCACCACCACAGUGUUGAGGUGUUUGGGCAUUCCCUCCCGUAGUGUGUCCAACUUCAACUCUGCCCAUGACACAGAUGUCUCCCUGACAACAGAUGUGUACUUCAAUGAGAAUUUGGAGUCUAUAGAUCACCUCAACACUGACUCCAUCUGGAACUUCCACGUGUGGAACGACUGUUGGAUGGCUCGUCCAGACUUGCCACCAGGUCAUGGUGGCUGGCAGGCGGUAGACUCCACCCCCCAGGAGACCAGCCAGGGCACCUUCCGCUGCGGCCCUGCCUCCAUCACCGCCAUCCGCAACGGACAAGUGUUCCUCAAACAUGACUCACCCUUCAUCUUUGCCGAGGUGAACAGUGAUAAGAUAUACUGGCAGAGGAACCUGGAUGGCACCUUCACCCAGAUCUACAGUGAGAAGAAUGCAGUGGGCCACUGUAUCAGCACCAAGACUGUGGGCUCAGACGAACGCAACGAUAUCACACACCUUUACAAGCACCCAGAAGGCACAGAAGAGGAACGCAUUGCUGUGGAGACUGCCAGUCGCUAUGGUUCCAAACCAGAUACCUACUCCUCUCCAAUCGCUGAGGAUAUAUCAAUAGAGGUGACCAUGGAUGGGGAGGGGCCACGCAUGGGGGGAGAUGCAGAACUGAACAUUGUCAUGCGAAAUGCUAGUUCUCUACCACGCACUAUCAACCUCCACAGCCAGGUGGCAGUCAUGUACUACACUGGCGUGCUCAAGGCCACCGUCAAGAAGGACGAAACGCCUGUGGAGCUGCUAGCCAAUGAAGUGAAGACCCUGGAGUGGAUCCUUGAGUACCAGCACUAUCAGAACCAGCUAGUGGACCAGGCUGCUCUGAUGCUGACCCUCUCAGGCCGGGUCACUGAGACACAGCAGGUCCUUGCCACUCAGUUCAGCUUCCGCCUCCGCACCCCUGACCUCAUCAUUAAGCCGGCAGGGGAGGCUGUGGUGGGGAAAAAGAUGGCGGCUAAGAUUUUCUUCACUAACCCUCUGCCACGCACACUGAAGGGAGUGGUGUUCCAUGUGGAGGGGCUGGGCCUGCAGAGCGUUCGACAGAUCGCUGUUGGUGACGUGGCCAGUCGCUCCUCUGUGACUCUGACGGAACACUUUGUUCCUACUCUGCCUGGAUCCAGGAAACUGGUGGCUUCUCUGGACUGUAAGCAGCUCACACAAGUCCACGGUGUCGCCAACAUUGACGUCAAGGAGAAAUGAGCCUUUGGACACCAUAGACCCCUUUUGGUCUGCUUUACAAUUGAGGCAUA